AGAACAUUCUAGAACUAGAAUAAACCUAUAUAUCACCACACGCCUGCACUCAUACAGACUCGCAGAAGUCUUAAACAAGCCGGGAAAACCCUUUCUCUCUGCUUUAUUUUCUCUCUUUGCUGUUAUUUUAUCAGCCACAUUAUUCAAAACAGCGUCGUUUUAAACGCUAAUUUGUGAAAAUGGCCGGAAAAGGAGAGGGACCGGCGAUUGGUAUAGAUCUAGGAACAACAUACUCAUGCGUCGGCGUAUGGCAACAUGACAGAGUGGAGAUCAUAGCUAAUGAUCAAGGAAACAGAACAACGCCGUCUUAUGUUGGUUUCACCGAUACGGAGCGUUUGAUUGGUGAUGCUGCGAAAAAUCAGGUCGCCAUGAAUCCUAUCAACACCGUCUUCGAUGCGAAGCGGUUGAUAGGUAGGAGAUUUAGUGAUGCGUCAGUUCAAAGUGACAUCAAGCUAUGGCCAUUCAAGGUUAUUCCAGGACCUGGUGAUAAGCCAAUGAUUGUUGUCAACUACAAAGGUGAAGAGAAACAGUUUGCUGCUGAGGAGAUCUCUUCAAUGGUACUCAUUAAAAUGCGAGAGAUUGCUGAGGCUUAUCUUGGUACAACUAUAAAGAAUGCAGUGGUUACUGUACCUGCAUACUUUAAUGACUCUCAGAGACAAGCAACAAAAGAUGCUGGUGUUAUUGCCGGUCUUAAUGUAAUGCGAAUUAUUAAUGAGCCUACUGCUGCUGCCAUUGCUUAUGGUCUUGAUAAGAAGGCAACUAGCGUUGGUGAAAAGAAUGUGUUGAUUUUUGAUUUGGGUGGGGGUACGUUUGAUGUUUCCCUUCUUACUAUUGAAGAAGGUAUUUUUGAGGUCAAGGCUACAGCUGGAGAUACUCACCUUGGAGGUGAGGAUUUUGAUAAUAGAAUGGUUAACCAUUUUGUUCAGGAAUUUAAGAGGAAGAACAAGAAAGAUAUUAGCGGAAACCCUAGAGCUCUUAGGAGAUUGAGGACUGCUUGUGAGAGGGCAAAGAGAACUCUGUCGUCCACUGCUCAGACAACUAUUGAGAUUGAUUCUUUGUACGAGGGUAUUGAUUUUUACUCUACUAUUACCCGUGCUAGAUUUGAGGAGCUUAAUAUGGAUCUUUUUAGGAAGUGUAUGGAGCCAGUUGAGAAGUGUUUGAGGGAUGCUAAGAUGGAUAAGAGUACUGUACACGAUGCUGUUCUUGUUGGUGGUUCAACUAGAAUUCCCAAGGUGCAGCAGUUAUUGCAAGAUUUCUUUAAUGGUAAGGAGCUUUGCAAGAGUAUCAACCCAGAUGAAGCUGUUGCUUAUGGUGCUGCUGUUCAGGCUGCUAUUUUGAGUGGUGAAGGCAAUGAGAAAGUGCAGGAUCUACUUCUCUUGGAUGUUACCCCUCUGUCCCUUGGAUUGGAGACUGCUGGUGGUGUCAUGACUGUUCUGAUCCCAAGGAACACCACAAUUCCAACAAAGAAGGAGCAAGUUUUCUCUACCUACUCAGACAAUCAGCCUGGUGUGUUGAUCCAGGUUUACGAGGGUGAGAGAACGAGAACCAGGGACAACAACUUGCUUGGCAAAUUUGAGCUCUCAGGCAUUCCACCAGCACCAAGGGGUGUACCUCAGAUCACCGUGUGCUUUGAUAUUGAUGCAAAUGGUAUCUUGAAUGUGUCAGCUGAGGACAAGACCACUGGACAGAAAAACAAGAUCACAAUCACCAAUGACAAGGGCAGGUUGUCCAAAGAAGAAAUUGAAAAGAUGGUCCAGGAGGCUGAGAAGUACAAGUCAGAGGAUGAGGAUCACAAGAAGAAGGUGGAGGCAAAGAAUGCUUUGGAGAACUAUGCUUACAACAUGAGGAACACUGUAAAGGAUGAGAAGAUCAGUUCCAAGUUGGAUGCAGCAGACAAAAAGAAGAUUGAGGAUGCCAUUGACGGGGCCAUUCAGUGGCUAGAUGGCAACCAGCUUGCAGAGGCUGAUGAAUUUGAGGACAAGAUGAAAGAGCUCGAGAGCGUCUGCAAUCCCAUUAUUGCCAAGAUGUAUCAAGGUGCUGGUGCUGGUGCUGAUGUGGGUGCUGGCAUGGAUGAGGAUGCUCCUCCACCAGGUGCCAGUGGUGCAGGUCCUAAGAUCGAGGAAGUCGACUAAGGGAUUUCUAUAAUGUUUCAGCGAUGGUUGGCCUUUGAAUUUUAUUGUUAAUUGCUACAGUUCCUUUUAUUAGAUAUUAUCUGUCUUAAUUUUCGUUAGGUGCAAAUUUUUCAGAUUUUGCUUUGUACCUUUUUAUCUACUUCAGUUCAGUUUUUGAAAAUCCAUUGUUCCAAAGUGCAAAGCAAUUGUUGAUACAAUUCGCUUUAAAGAAAAUUUAAUUGCAGAGAUGGGUUUUAUAUUCGAA